AUGUCCUGCGAAGCCUGCCGCACUAUACCCCCCGUAAUUCCCCAGGGCUAUACACCAAAGGGAACCUACCAAACCCUCGCCAGUCUUAACACCUACAUAACCGGCCCCCGCGACGCCAGCACCGCCAUAAUCGACAUCUACGACAUCUUCGGCCUCUCCCCGCAAACCAUCCAAGGCGCAGAUAUCCUCUCAACCCGCCUAAACGCACUAGUCCUAGUCCCGGAUUUCUUCCACGGCGACGGCGCAAAACAUGAGUGGCUGCCUGCUGAUACGGAGGAGAAGAUGAGUAAGUUGAUGGGGUUUGUGGGGAGUAAGGCGGAUAUUCCCACCAAUGUGGGUGUGCUUGUCGAGGCAGUUAAGGUGUAUCGAGAGACUUUUUCAAGUGUGAAGACGUGGGGGAGUUUGGGGCUGUGUUGGGGUGGGAAGGUUGCUGUUUUGGCUUCGGGGGAGGGGACGCUGUUUACUGCUACUGCGCAGGUUCAUCCGGGUCGCCUCGAGACCUCCGACGCAGAAAAGCUCACCAUCCCGCACCUUGUCCUCGCAUCAAAAGACGAACCCGCAGACGCGGUCAAGGGCUAUGCGGGUAUCAUCAGCAAGAAUGGACACGGAGGUCUUGUGGAAACGUACGAGACCAUGUGGCAUGGGUGGAUGGGUGCUCGUGCGGAUUUGGAUAACGAAGAGAGUUUGAAGGAGUAUGUUCGGGGGUAUGCGCAGGCGGCGGAGUUCUUUGAGAAGUAUUUGAAGUAA